AUGCAUUCACACACAGAUAUUCUUUUUUCCACAAGUGUGAGAAAAAUUAAUAAGCAAUUUGUGAAAAAAACAUUUUGUUCAUCAGCCAAGUUUUGCAAAAAUGAAAAGUACUCAACCGCUUUGACAGAACUGAACAGUUUGAAAAAUUUGAACCGUUUUGAUUUUCCCCCAAAGCACAGCAUCCUCCUGAUGCAAAAGAAGCCCUUUUCAGAACAAAUAAUAAUCGACUCAAUACGAAAAGCCCAAAAUGAACUAGAUAGGGGCUCUCUGUAUUCACUACAAGAGUCAGUCAACAGCAAUUGCAACUGCCUGAAUGAAGAAAAAAAGGCCAAAUUCCGAAAGGCCUUUGAUGAAUUGAAUGCUCUGUUAACUGUUAAAUCGAACUUGACGGAGGAGAAAAUUCAAAUAUUAACUGAAAAUAAUUCCAAGGGGUAUAAAAAUAAAGAGAUUUUGGGUCUAUUCAUGACAGGUUUUUUCUUUGCCAUCGGUUCAGUCACCCACUCUGUUUUUUAUUUGGUUCGGAGAAAGAGAUACAAUGAAAUAAUCAGCUCUGUCAGUGUCUACGGUCUUUAUGUACUGCAUAAAGCCUCCAAGGAAAAUGAUGGCAAAAUUUACGUUGAAAGAAAAUUAAAUGAAAAUAAGGAUAAAUUGUUAAGGAAUAAAAAAAAUAUACAAACCAUUUUGUCCGCGCUGGAGCAGGAUUUGAUAAAAAUAAAAUAGAAGC